AUGGAAGGCGGAAGUAACUCUUCUUGGACUGUGACCCGCUCUACUGUGCUUACCAAGUCCGAGACUACUAUUCCUACACCUGGUCCGAGCCAGGUGCUUGUUCGUGUCAAUGCCGUCUCACUUAACCAUCGUGACCAUACCGUUCUGCAUCAUACCUACCCUCUGCCAACGAAAGCGAAUCUUGUCCCAUGCAGUGAUGGCGCAGGUACCGUGGUUGGUGCAGGACCAGGCUCAUCCUGGGCUACCCGCAGUGGAGAGGUAGUUAUCUUGCAUCCAAACACUUGGCUGGAAGGAGACCUGCGCAAUUUUGAUGUGGAGAGCGUGCUAGGGGGAGGUGAUGCACAUGGUACUUUGACGGAGCAUAUCGUGCUAGAUGAUGUGCAAAUUCAGGAAGCGCCGACAAAUUUGACUGUGGAGGAAGCUUCUACGUUGCCAACGGCUGCCUUGACUGCUUGGAAUGCGCUGUUCAUGGGGCCUAUCCCAUGCGGACCUGGCAUUUCAAUUUUGACGCAAGGGACUGGCGGUCUAGCUGCCGCUGCGGGAGCCACCGUGAUCGCAACGUCCUCCUCUGAUGAGAAGCUUGAAGUUACUAAGCUGCUAGGUGCCACUCACUUGAUAAAUUAUCGCAAAAUACCGAAUUGGUCGGAAGAGGUCCUUCGUAUUACAAGUGGUCGCGGGGUUGAUCAUGUAGUUAAUGUCGCUGGCUCAGGCACAAUGGAGGAAUCACUUCGCAGCGUGCGGCAGGGCGGGGUUGUGUCAGUCCUAGGUAUGCUUUCAGGAUCGAAGAAAACAGAUCUGGUGCCGAUGCUUAUGAUGGGAGGGAAAACCCUCCGCGGCGUUCUUGGAGCAGGAAAUAAAGAGAUGCAUGAGCAGCUGGUGAAGUUCAUUGGACAUCAUGAUAUACAUCCUACUAUUGCGCGUGUUUUUGAAUUUGACCAGGCUGUUGAUGCGUUCGCAUAUAUGGAAAAGCACAGCGAGGUCGGAAAGAUCAUCAUCAGAGCCGAUAGACUUAUCACUAGGGAAAAUGUAUGA